CCAGAGAUGAGCUCAGUCCUUCUGGAAGGGUUGUGUGUUUUUAAAGUGCAGCCCCUGGAGGAGUAAGGCAGCUGCAGUCAGAGGAGUGCAGAAGUUACCUUUAUCAGAAGCCAUGCAGGGUGCUGUGGUGGUGCUACUGCUACUGAGCUGCGGGCCCGUCCAGCAGAUGAUCUUUGUCUUAGGAGAUCCUGAAGUGGCAGAGCAGCACUGUCGAGAUCACAGCAGCACCUGCUCAGCUCAGACAGACACACAGGCUGGUCCCACUGACCUGACACCAAGACUGGAUCCAGUGAGCAGCACUUCGCCUCUGAAGUCACAUCCUGGUCCAGAGGAUGUAGACACCAAAUCUGUGGUGACAACCUGGGUUCACACAGAUACUCAGACUGUAGGCUCAACCGACAGAGAAAAGGAUAAACAAACAACUGUGAGUAAGGGAGUAAAUCAAGGUGAACCACAGCCUCUUUCUCUGACUGGAAAUGAGCAGCUUUCUAAUUUGCACCCUGACAUAGUAGGGACUAUGAAAGAACCAUGGAGCACACAAGGAAGUAUCAUAAGCAAAACUCUUUCUGUCCACACACUCACAACAGCUCAGUACCUAAGACAAGUUUAUCAGCCAUUUGUUGCAGCUAAAGAGGGCUCCAGAACAAGUGAUGUGUCUGUCUUGGAAAACUUUGAGACGGCCCUUUCAAGCCCCAGCUUUCGACCUGAGAACCCCACAGCUCAAGGUGUCUCAUCAGGAAGGGAAAAAAAUGCAAGCACAGAGAGAUCUUUCUCUAAUGGGCCACAGGACUCUGAGUUUGCUACUGGGUCGACUCUUAUAUCAGGCCCCAUCACACAAUCAGGGUUUGUUGCUUCCAGACUGUACCCUUCAUCUAAAGGAGGAGUAAGGGAGGCAAAACAGGAGGCAUCGCCACUGGUCAUUAUACCCCCAGUUUCAGUAGACCCACCAGUUCAAUUCUUAAGACAGACAGAACAAAAUGUAUUACCCAACAGAACAGCAACUGAGGGUCCACCUUAUACUGAUCCCCCCCGAAACCUGACUGUUUUAACUCCCACUCUACAAAGCGUAGAAGCACUAAAUCCCAGGAACAUAGAGGGUGAGAUUGGUAAUAUUUCAGCAAGUCAGAUAAAGGAAAAAGAGGAAAUGGAAGACAGGUUGGAAACUGUUUCACCAAAAAUGGACACGUUACAACAACAACAACUUCCAGGUGGGGAGCAGGGGAGUGGGACAGAGACAGAUGAAGAUGAGAUAGAUUUAGGGGAGGAGGAAGUGAAAAGACAUGCAGAGAUAGAAGAUGUAAGUUAUGAUAAUAAAACUGUCACCUCUGAGGAUUACACUGAGUCCUCCCCUAAUUUGAGAAGCACUGAAGAAACCUUCAUCCAAUCAGAGACUGAAUCUGCACAGCAGACUGUUAAAACAGCCUAUCAGCCGCCUACGCACUCUGUCAGGCAUCAUGGGGCGGGAUUAAGAUCUUGGAUCCGAGGUCAAAGGGGGUUGCAGGGCCCACCUGGGCUAACAGGACCACCAGGGCCUAAAGGAGAUAAAGGUUAUCAAGGCGUCAUGGGCAGGACCGGGCGGACAGGAUAUAGAGGCCCCAUUGGUCCUCCAGGGAUGCCUGCCAUUGUUGUAUUUAAAACCUCUGAAGAAGAGUGGGAGGCUUUCAAGAAAAAGAAGAUCUAUAAAAAGCUGAUUUCUUACUGGCCGAAACAUAAGGGGCCUCCAGGGCCUCCAGGACUACCUGGAGAUGACGGACCAAUUGGGCCACCUGGAAUUACUGGGAAGCAAGGUCGAAAAGGAGUUCAAGGAAAAAUCGGCAGUCCUGGACCACAAGGUAUGCCGGGUCCCCAGGGCCGACCAGGAAGAGACGGGACCCCAGGACAGUACCCUGAUCCAGGCCCUCCAGGCUUACCUGGAGAACAGGGUCCUCAAGGCUACAGAGGGGAGAAAGGCAGCAAAGGGGAGCUGGGUGAGUGGGGUUAUCAAGGGGAUGUUGGACCACAGGGAAACAGAGGACAAAAAGGAUACAAGGGAAAAAAAGGAGUCAGAGGCAUUGUUGGUGUCCCUGGCUACAUAGGCCUGCCUGGAGCCAGGGGUCCUUCUGGGUUUCCAGGACCACCAGGACCUCCGGGAGAGAUUGGAUCUCCAGGCUUUAGUGGACCACCGGGCCCACCUGGCAAAAUGGGCCCCAGAGGGGUAAAAGGUGUCUUAGGAGUUAAAGGACCUCCAGGUCAUCAGGGUGAUCUGGGCGCCAGAGGAGUAGCUGGACCACAGGCAGAGCCUGGUCCUGAUGGAGCAGUUGGGUUUCCUGGUGUCCGGGGCCCCCAGGGAAGCCCAGGACCAGAUGGACCUCCGGGUCCUAAAGGUGGCCCUGUGAGGUGA